GUGAACAGGCUCUGCCAUGACAACAAUGAAAAUCUGUUUGUCGGAGAUGUGUGUGAGCUCGCCACCGCAAAGAGGAAAAAGGACUUCUUCAAUAAUAACACCAAGUCCCAGUUUGUUUUCAGGGAUAAGUGGAUCUACGUGCAGAAAGGAAGCACAAAAGAACGACAUGGAUAUUGCACGCUUGGUGAAGCUCUCAACCGUUUAGACUUUUCUAGUGCCAUUCAGGACUUGAGAAGAUUCAACUACGUUGCGAAGCUUUUUCAGCUAAUAGCCAGGUCUCAGCUGACAUCUUUGAGUGGAGCUGCUCAAAAAAACUAUUUCAAUAUUCUGGAGAAGAUUGUACGUAAAGUCUUGGAGGACAAUUACAAUCCACGUCUUGUGAAGGAGCUUCUUCAGGACCUGAACUCCACACUGCACAGUCUGACCGUCCAUGUUGGAAAGUGUGUCCUCGUGGGCAAUGUGAACAUCUGGUUGUGCCGCUUGGAGACAAUUGUCAGGUGGCAGCAGGAGCUCAACAACCUUCAGAUCCCAAAGCAAUUGUACACUGGUAUGUCGUUCAGUGACCUGCCACUACACAUGCAGAACUCGAUCCUCUGUAAAUUAUCUGAUGGCUGUGACGUCAUAAACCUGGGACAGGCCACGCCCACAUUGCACAUCCUCAGUGAGAACAGGACACUGUGGAAGAAGCUCUGCCACUUCCACUUCUCAAAUGAACCGUUUUGUAGGAAUUUGGUCCUGACCAAGAAUGAGAACGUGGACUGGAAGCUGAUGUAUUUCACCUUGCAGAAACAUUACCCCAUGAAGGAGCAGUAUGGUGACACAUUGCACUUCUGCAAACAUUGUAGCAUCCUCUUCUGGAAGGAUCGCCAUGUGGCUUUGUUUUUCAAGGACUUUGGUCAUCCAUGCACAUCCAAUGAUCCGGACAGCUGCCUGAUGCCCAUCUCUCCGCAGCACUUUAUCGACCUCUUCAGGUUCUGA